UGACUCGACUCGUCAGUGCGGCCUGAACGGUUAACCGGCCUACUUCUCUCGCGCUCUGCUCGUUCUCUUCUCUGCUCUCUCUCUCUUUUACGUUAUCUCCCGCGAUUGCGUCGGCCGUUAUCAAUCGCCGUAAAACGUGUUACUACACAUCAACAUCGUACGAGUGGACGAUUCCUCGAUUGAACGAACAUCCUCCACUUUACUUCUUCGCUGACGUGAAAAGGAGCGCAUCGAGGUUCUUCUACUACUAUUAAGAGUAGGAAGGAAACGAAGAAAAUUAAAAGAAAUAAGAUAAUAAAAUAAAGACAAAAAACAAAGAAAGAAAAGAAAAAGGACUCCUUGUAACCUCGUCGAGGCAUGCCGAGGAUCCGUACGAGGACCACCGAGGAUCGCGCGUAAAAGCUCGACACGAAACGAAAGACGCUCGAAGAGCCAGAAAAGGACACGAUGCCAAGGAGUCGUAGUUCAUUUCUCAGAGUCGAAGCACUGUUGCUGCUAAGUCUCGCCAUGCUCGUCCAACUCGACGUCUGCUGGUGUUCGCUAUCUCAUAGAAGCAGACAUCACGCUGAACUUUCUCACGAGGAAGUGAAAAAUUUUCGACAAGACGAACAACAUUAUCCAAGAGCAGAGGCACUUAGUUCGAAUCCUAACGAUGAUCCAUUGAUCGUUCAAACCAGGAAAGGCAAGGUCAGAGGAAAGACAUUAACGGCAACGACUGGAAAGGAAGUCGAUGCUUGGUUUGGCAUACCUUAUGCUCAGAAACCUUUGGGACCACUAAGAUUUCGACAUCCAAGACCGGCCGAACGUUGGAACGGUGUUCUCAAUACGACAACUUUACCGAACAGUUGCGUCCAAAUUCUCGAUACGGUGUUUGGGGAUUUUUCAGGUGCCACCAUGUGGAAUCCAAACACACCGUUGAGCGAAGACUGUCUCUACAUUAACGUGGUAGCACCGCGUCCAAGGCCUACUAACGCCGCUGUCAUGGUAUGGAUAUUUGGUGGUGGUUUCUAUUCGGGCACGGCCACGUUGGACGUUUACGAUCACAAAACGUUGGUUUCCGAGGAAAAUAUAAUUCUCGUAUCGAUGCAAUAUCGACUCGCGAGUUUAGGUUUUCUGUAUUUUGGAACAUCGGAUGUACCAGGUAACGCCGGUCUUUUCGAUCAAAUAAUGGCACUUCAAUGGAUACGCGAUAAUAUCGGUGCAUUCGGUGGUAAUCCUGACAACAUAACACUAUUUGGAGAAAGUGCAGGAGCUGUGUCCGUUUCGAUGCACCUUCUUUCGCCAUUGUCCAGGCACCUCUUCAAUCAGGCGAUAAUGCAAUCGGGUUCAGCGACAGCCCCCUGGGCUAUAAUCUCACGAGAGGAAUCGAUAGUACGAGGUAUCAGGCUAGCGGAAGCCGUUGGUUGCCCACACGAUCGGAAUAACUUGCAGGAGGUAAUCGAUUGCUUGAUCAUUAAGGAUCCAAAACAUCUGGUUGAAAGCGAAUGGGGUACAUUGGGUAUAUGCGAAUUUCCUUUCGUACCUGUUAUCGAUGGAACGUUUCUCGAUGAGACACCACAACGUUCAUUGGCUAGUUCGUCCUUUAAAAAGGCCAAUAUUCUUAUGGGCUCUAAUACCGAAGAAGGCAUUUACUUUAUUAUAUAUUACCUUACCGAAUUAUUUCGAAUCGAUGGUACCGAGGACGUUAAAGUUACCAGAGAACAAUUUGUCAACGCUGUCUCGGAAUUGAAUCCUUACGUUAAUCAAAUAGGACGUAACGCCAUUAUAUACGAAUAUACCGAUUGGCUUCAUCCCGACGAUCCCAACAUCAAUCGGGACGCCAUAGACAAGCUCGUAGGCGAUUAUCAGUUUACGUGCAACGUCAAUGAAUUUGCUGGCCGAUACGCCGAUACAGAGAAUACCGUCUACAUGUACUACUACAAGCACAGAUCAACAAACAAUCCCUGGCCAAAAUGGACUGGAGUCAUGCAUGCCGAUGAGAUCAAUUAUAUAUUCGGCGAACCUUUAGAUUCUACUAAAGGAUACACGCAAGAAGAGAUCUUACUCUCAAAAAGGAUGAUGAAAUAUUGGGCCAAUUUUGCAAAGACCGGAGAUCCGAACGUUGGUGACUCGACCUCGUGGACGCUUCCUCAUUGGCCGACUCACACUGCCGCUAAGAAGGAAUAUCUCACUCUCGAGACAAACAAUUCUGAUGUUGGUUAUGGGAUCAGAACAAGACAGUGCGCGUUUUGGAAAAGAUAUCUUCCACAACUACUUGCAGAUACAUCGAAACUAGAAAUACCGAAGGAUUGCAGCGGUGCUAGCGGGAAUUACGAUCGUGGGAUGAAUGGAAUAAUCGGACAAUCUCAGUUCCUUUUGGUAUUGAGUUUAACUCUUGGAAUGGUUAUUUUAACGCGAAUGAGGAUGACGUUCGAUCUUUCUGGUACCUUCGAAGGAACUCAUCAUCUCUAUGAGACGAGAGGUCUCGUCUAGCUCCCGGCCACGCUCGUCGCACGAGCCGUCGUCGCUCCUACGAGAACUCCAAGUCGUUGAUCCAGCAACUAACAACUAACAACAAUAAUAACAACAACAACAGCAAGAAAUAGUCGAAUGGUAGUCGAGAAAGGGAUACAUAAUAUAUACCGAAAGAGAUCGAACAAAAAAUCAUUGAAAUAAAAUAAAAAAAUAUAUAUACACAUAUAUAUAUACAUACAUACAUACAUACCAACCAUUCUGGUACGAUGAAGCAAGUUGAAAUUAGCCGAAUUGACGUUAAUGACAGAAAAGAAAAUAAUGCGCAAAAAAAGACAAAAAAAGACAAAAAGGACAAAAAAAACAAAAAAAAAGAAAAAAAAAGAAGAAAAGAUAAAAGGGAAAAAGAGAAAAUGGUAAAGAAUAAAAACAGACAUAUCAAUCAGUAACUCUUUUGUCAUAAAACAAAGGAGAGAUGAUGUUGUGAGAGAGUCUGAGACGAGGAUAAUCUCAUCGAGUACGAGAUAACGAAAGCCAAAAUCGACGACCAUCGAGGUGAUAAGA